AUGCGGCGGGCGUGGAUUGGUGUCCGUGUCACGGUUGCGUGCGCCUCGCGUGCUCACUCCUAUCUGAGCAGCAGCAGCGGCAGCAGCAGCCAUCACAGAAGUAGCGGCGCCAGCCUCGUGUCUAUGACAGGGCGUCACGUCGUGUUGGCAUUCCGCCCAUCUCUCCUCAUCGCGCGUCGCGGCGCGGGGGUGGAUCUUCUUUCGCCGCUGGCGAAACUCGGACAGAGCCGAGACCUAGCAGAAGACAUCAAGGCGGGCCGCCGCCGCAAUAAUAAGGAGAUUAUUGCCUCAUUUGACAAGAUUCAGACCUUCGAUGAGAUUCACUACCGCAAGACCGACCGGCCAUGGGAGCUGGUGCCGCGCUACGCCAAGAAGCGUGUGACUGACUUGUGCGGCCUCCUCACAAGUGAGGACCGCAUGGAGAUCGAGCAGGCCAUCGACAAGAUGCAGUCGCUGUGCCAGGUGGACAUGUACGUUGUGCUCGUGCCAACGGUUGGCUACACGACGCCCCGCGCCUUCUCACACUCCAUCAUGUUCGACUGGGAGAUCGGUGAGCCGGCGGGGAACGGCCUGCUGCUCGUGAUUGCUCAGCGCGAAGCGACGGUGCAGCUCAUUGCGAGCCCAGCGAUUGAGGAGUACUUCGAUUCCCACUUCCUCGAGCCGGCGGUGCGGGAGAUAUUUCAACCGCUCGUGCGCAAAGGGCAGGCAAGCUACGCGACAGUGCAGCUGGUGUACGCCAUUGCGCGACAGGCGCAGGAGAUGCGGCCACUGUGGCAGCGUGGGCUGCUCGCAAUGCCAACGCGCAACAAGGUGCGCUUUGCCGGCAAGACGGUGGCGUACGGCGUCUCUGAUGUGCCGUACCUCGUCUUCGGGGCCAUCAUCUUCGUGCUGUGCACGACAGUGCUGGUGAGCCAGAUGAUCGACACGGUGUGCCCGACGUGCCACGGUCUCAUGCAGCGUGUGCGCGACGACGCGACGUUGCGUGCGGUGAUGGAGCCGGGACAGUACCUGGAGUUCGUCAAUGGCUGCGCGCACUACCGCGUGUGGAAAUGCCCAUACUGCGCGGACAGCACGCACGUCGCCGUCACCUCGCGCGAUCUGCACCAAAGCACGCGGUGCCUGAAGUGCAUGGACUGCCACUACUAUACCUGCACGAUGACGAAGGAGGUGCUCAAGCUUCCGACGAAGGAGGAGGACGGGCUUAAACAGCUUCUGUACACGUGUGAAAACUGCCGCGUCGGGCGUGAAGUGCUGCUGCCGCUGCUCCGCCCACUCGACCUGAAGCCGGAGGAGAAGUGGUACGACUUUCUCAUUGAUCGCUCGCAGUCCCACAAGACGGAUCUCAAGCUGUAG